AUGGACGGACCAUCCCAAGAAUCUGACACAGAUACUGGUAGCACUGGUGAAGCUGCUGAGGCCGAUCAUCCGUUGCCCACAUCUACUACGAAUGCCAGUCCUACUACUAGUACAGCUCAUAAUGUCGCCACUGGAAGUGCCAUGUUGGCAGAAGAAAAACGACACAUUGCAUAUCCCAAAAAACGCACAUCAGGUGCCCAGCCAGCAGUGCCGCAAGCUGCCAACACCACUGCCAAUGCAAGUGCCCUCUUGGCACAAGAAAAGCGACGCAUUGCUUAUCCAAAAAGUAGGUCGGGAACUGCAGUGCAUGUACCUACAGAAGUUCCUACCGAAGUUCAUCAAGAGAACCAGAUGAUGGCCAAUACCACCAAAGCUGCUGAGGCCAGCGCCCUCUUGGCAGAAGAAAAGCGACACAUUGCUUAUCCAAGAAGUGAUACAUCUAAUCGUAAGAACAGACCCAGCAUCAAUCAAGGAGAUUGGUCUGGCCCUACGACUGCCGUCAAUUAUUCUCCUCUCCUACAAGCUGAAAAAGGAGCUAUCAUAUAUCCAAGAGGAGAAACAAACAGAACUGUUAACACAGUGCUGCUGACCAGCAGUACAAUCACAACUGUGCCUCCACUGAAAGAUAGCGUAGUUGCCUCCCAGCGAAGCCACGAAGCUUCUCCAUCAGCCAUUGAGCAGCAGGACCACCAGAAGGAACAAGAAACAGUGAGCGAUAUGUUGAGCAAUAGUGCGCAUAGUGAGGCCAACCGAAAUGAUGUCGUCGACGCUAACACUAACACCAUCGCGGCUCCCGAGCAUACCGGUACAGUACAACAUGAUGACAAUUUUGGAAUUAUGCCUUUGCCUAGAUUGGAACGGACUACUGCCAACAGAAGGGCCCAAGUACAACCGGGAGCCUACGCAGAUGGAGGAAAUUUUCAAGCAACAGAGGAGAAUUUGGAAACAGCAGAGACAUACAUUGAACCAGAUACUACGCAGCCACCGACAAUCGAACCAGAAUAUGAUAAUAGCGGCUUGGCUGUGGCCAAUUUGGUAGCAGAAGAUGAAACAACCGAUCAUCAGGAUCUCCCCCAGGCUCAAGAUUAUAAUCCAGACAACAUCAACCACACCAGAGAAGAAAAAAUGAAGCAAUUCAAAACCAAGGUCUUCUUGGGAGUCAUUUUCUUGUUGGCCAUUAUUCUCAUUUUGGUAGCCAUUGUGACACCUUCAAAGAAACAGGAUAAUCUUGUCCCAACAAUCUCACCUAUCUCUGCAAUUCAGGAGGUCCCAGGAUCACCUCAGUCAAGUGCAUUCAGAUGGCUCUUGGAUGAGAUUGACAUUCUACAACACCUUGCGGUACACAGAGUUGUACAACGUUUUGUCCUAGCAACAGUCUAUUUUGCCAACAGUGGCGAUCAAUGGUCCUUUAGUGACAGUUGGCUAAACCACAGUGUUCAUGAGUGCCUUUGGUACUCAAGUUUGGAAGACUAUUAUUCCAUAUUUGCGGAAGGCCUUUUCCUACUGGAUCACAUCAGUCCCUGUGAGCAAGAUCCAGCUGGAUAUCUAGAGGAGGGCAUCUUAUACCAGGGAGAUGGAAUCCUGAAGCAUUUUUGGACGUCCUUUAAUGGCCUGAUGGGGUCAGGUAUUCCACCAGAGCUUUACUUGCUGACUGAACUGAAGAGCUUGGCAUUGGAUGGGUUGAACCUUACCAGCACAAUCCCAGAAGAGCUCUCUGGUCUAUCAAACUUGGAGUAUCUUUCAAUGAUGUAUUGUGGCCUUGAUGGCUCAAUUCCUGAGAUAUUUGGGAGAUUGUCAAAGCUUGAAGUCACCUACUUUGGGUUUAAUUCCUUAACUGGAACUAUUCCUCAAUCCCUGUAUUCCCUUUCCAACUCAAUGAGAGCCAUUCUUCUUACUGAAAACCUGCUUACAGGACAGGUGCCAACAGAACUGGGAUUGCUAACUAAUUUGGAGGGUUUAUCACUUGCAACCAACCUUUUCACCGGGACAAUUCCAACAGAACUUGGGAAAUUAACUGGGUUAGAGUUCUUGUUCCUGAAUAACCUGAUUCUGAGUGGCGCUAUCCCAAAUGAGCUUGCAGGUCUUAAUGACAUGGUACUUCUGCAACUGGAAGUCUCGGGUCUUUCGGGGACAAUCCCCAGGUGGCUUGGCAACAUGACAUCCAUGGAGUCAGUGACACUGGCAUAUAACUCCUUUACUGGGACUAUCCCAACAGAACUUGGCCUUAUACCCAAGCUGUUUAUCCUAUGGCUUGGUGGGAAUGCUUUGUCGGGCACAAUCCCAAGUGAAAUUGGAUCGUGUGAGCAAAUGCUUGUGUUUCUCUUGCAUACGAACAACCUGACAGGAACCAUUCCUACAGAGCUGGGACAGUUUACUGAGGGUUUCUUCCAGUUUUGGCUACAUGACAAUGAUUUGACUGGAACGGUGCCCCCGGAGCUUGGCAAUGUUUCGUUCCCUCCACCAUAUGGUCAGGUCUAUUUGCAUGGAAAUGAUCUUUCUGGCAUUAUCCCUGAGAGCUUGUGUUCUGCCAACGACCUUACUUUUGACUGCAGCAGCCAGCUCUGUGGAUGUGACUUGUGCAACUGCUCUGGCAAUAGAACAUCACUGAUACUGGAGAGUGAGACUGCCAAUGAAGAUGGUCAGGUACUGAGUAAGGCAAACCAAACUGAGGGGAACCAAACUGAACCCUGA